AUUAAAAAAAAAACAAAAGAUUUAAGCCACAAACUUGGUUUAAAUUUAAACUACAAAAAAAGGAGAAAAAAGGAACCGCUAACUAUAGUUUACUUUGUUUUUGUUGUAAUAAUAAAAAACCACAACAAACAAUGGGUACACGUGUACCGCCUCCCUGUCCUACACCUUUAAUAUGUGAUGGACAAUCUGUGGCCGGUUUACCACAACUCAUUGAUGAUUUACAAAGACUCUCCGAAGACCAGGAUAGUGCUGAUGUGGUAUUUAUAUGUGGUCGCGAAGAGGAACGUAUUUAUGCCCAUCGUAUUAUAAUGAUGGCACGCUGCAAAAGCUUUAAAACCAAUAAACGCGGUGAAAUUUGUCGCAUACCCGGCUGUUCCGUUUCACCUGCUGCUCCUGGCACACCGACAUCUGUAAGACUGCCCCAUGUUCACCCGGAAGUAUUACGACAAUUUGUUCUCUACGUCUACACAGCCAAGAUUUUAUUACAAGAUUCACGAGUUUUUGAAAUGAUGACCUUGGCUCAGGAUAUGGGUUGUUGUGAGUUGAGAUCGGCUUGUGAGGAUCAUGUUAUAGCAACGCUGUCUGUGGAUAAUGCUUGUACUUUUUUGACGGCCGUCAUGGAAAUACAUGAAAAAGCAGGUGCAAAGUGUGCAGCUUCGUUUAUGGAGCGCUGUAUCAUUUACAUUGGAGAAAAUGCCAAUGAGUGCGUCAAAACCAAUGCCUUUUUGAAUUUGAAAAAAGAGGCCUUAAUCAAAUUGAUAUCAUCGGAUUAUUUUUGCCUAGAAGAGGAAGAUGUUUGGCGUUGUGUUCUCGCUUGGGCUAAAAAUCAUGCCGGUGUCACUCAACCUACUGCUCAUUGGACAGAGGAGGAAAGAGGUCGCGUGUGUCAACAACUACAGGGUGUUAUGUGUCAUGUUCGCCUCUUACUAAUCGAUAGUCAAGUAUUCGCCGAAGAAGUUGAGCCCACAGGUGCCGUACCCAUGGAACUGUCAUUAGAGCGUUAUCGUUAUGCGGCCUUACAAAAUUCCAAUAAUAAACCGGGUGGUCAUCACGGCGGGACGAGUAUGGGUGGUGGUGGUAUGGGAAAUAUGGGUGUUGGCGGUAGUUUUAGUGCUAAAAUCGAUGGUGAUAAAAGACUACAACCUAGGCUAACGAUUAAUAUGUUUCCGGGCUCUCAGAUUUUGAGAAAUGAUAAACUACAUUUGCAAAGUGUUUUGAAUAAUUGGUAUGGUUGCUCGAAACAGUCCUGGCGUUUAUUGUAUCGUGCCUCUACUCAUGGCUUUUCUUCUACAGCUUUUCAUCGUUACUGUGAUGGAGUGGCUCCCUGUUUUGUUAUAUGUUUGGGUUCUCAUGGUGAAAUAAGUGGUGGCUUUACCGAUGUGGCCUGGGCUAAAACAUCACGCAAGGGUGUUUAUAUACAUUCCGAAAGGGCAUUUCUGUUUGCCUUAAAUGCUGGUGUCUCAGAGUCGCCUUUAAAAUUUGAUAUAGUUAAGAAACCUUAUGCUAUAUGUUAUCAUCCGGACUGCGGUCCCAUUUUUGGUGCUGGAGCCGAUUUACUAAUAGCCAACAACUGCAAUACCAACAAAGAUUCUUAUUCUAAUUUACCACAUUCGUACGACGGUCCCAAUGCUUCCUACGAAACACUUUUUGGCGAUUAUAAUUUUACCAUUAGUGAUUAUGAAGUUUAUACUGUGGCUCAAGCAAGCCCCAAUAUAAAUCAAAAUCCCACUUAUAGCAGUUCCUCUAAUUGUUUAUCGAAUACCUCAAACAGCUUGACAAAUACUAAUGGUUCUACAGGAGGUCUAAAUAACUCCAAUACAAUGAUGAACAACAACAAUAAUAAUAAUAAUAUGGGAAAUAAUACUGUAAGUUUGGCUAAAGCCAAAUAUGAAAGGUAUUAAUGGAUUAAUUUCUAUUUUAGAAAUGUAAGAGUUAGUUCUUAAAAAGAAUUCUCUAAUAAAGAAAUAAAAAAAAACAAAAAAU